AAACAACAACAACAAAAAUCAGAAAAGUUUUCAUUUUAUUAGUUUUCUUCUAUUUAUGGCAAUGUAUUUUAUUGAAUCUCACAUGAAACGCACAAAAUGAGUAUUUACUGUUGGACUCUCGGCGAACUGGCUCUCGCAAGAAUAAGCAAAAAAGUUUUUGCACGAGUUCGCAUUGCUAAAAACAAAGAUGGAAUUUUUCAUGACGAAAAAGUUCUAGGAAUAUCACCGACUCCAGACAAUGACGACAGCAUCACUGUGACGAAUCAGCUCUGCUACUACGUAGAGAUCUGUCGGUCGAAGCAAUGCCUGUGGCUUCCCUACACAAGCUUACAGCUCGCUGAACGCUCCAGACCCUUCUAUGGGCCGGCAGACAAGCUACCGUCUCCGCCGAAGCCUUUGAAGACACCAGCUACUGUUAGAAAGAGGAAGCAGAUAGAAGACCACACCCUACCUCUCAGUGCAGCAAAACUAGCCAAAGUGACAACCCCAGACUUAAACGCUACAUUUGACUUCCGACAGCUCCCCAUGAGGCAAUCUAAAUAUGAGAAUGCGUACAAAGAGUUCAUUCGCAGGGGCAAAGACAUGAUCUUUGACCAAUUCUUCUUCCUUCUAAAGCUUGAUUACUCCAGGGGAGAAGAUUUGGAUUAUUUACUGAAUGUGGAUGCCAGUACGGAGGAUAAAUUUGAGACGGUGAUACAGGAUAUCAUGACAGAGAAAGAAGUGAAGAAUUACUUACAGCAGUGCUGGAGGUACAAUUCUCUGAGUAGAGAGAGUGAUGGCCAGAGUCAGAUUGUAACUAAAACUACCGCCUCGUCCCCAGUAAAGCCGGUGAUCACAGUGCACGUUAGCUGGUGCCUGGUGUGCGGUCAGCCGGGGCGGCUGCUGCCGUGCGCACAGUGCCCCGCCGCCUGCCACGCGGAGUGCCGCAAGCAGUGGAGGGUGUCUAUUAUGCAUCGCAAGCUAGCCGGCUCGUCCGACCCUCCCCAGCCGGCAGCCGUCACCAGGAUCUCCAGCACCCGCCUGCGCCGGCCCCGCCAGCCGCCGGCCACUGCGCCGCCGACGCUGUGCCCCAGCUGUGAGUGGGGGCCGAGGGUGGGGUAUGGGGACAUCGUGUGGCACAAGCUGGGGACCUUCCCGUGGUGGCCUGCUAAGGUGCUGAGUCCGGGUGAUGUGCCGUCGUGUCUGCUCUCCAGAAAGCACGGAGUGGACGAGUGGCCGGUGCUGUACUAUGGUGAGCUGCGCUACUCGUGGGGCGCGGCGGCUCGCAUGUGUCUGUUCCUGCCGACGCACGCGCCGCCCCGCGCGCCAACAGACGCCGUCUUGGACGCUUGUGACGACUACAUCGCUGUUUAUCUCACUUAGGAAUUUCUUAUAAUUCCCUAAUUUGCUUAGGUUCCUAAAGUUGAGAAAUGGAACAAAAACAAACGCGGGAAGCACAGGGUGCGUUGCGGAUCCGUUCCGCAGAGAUUUCGCCUUGUAAAGGCGAGGCGCCAUUGCUACAUUUCGUCGUCGCCGCGCUGCCUUGUGUUCCAUAUAUUUUAUGACAUGCUCCUGUUUUUUUCUUAUCGUAAACCAAUGCACCAAUGCCCCAAACCCGCAAUGGGGCCCCGCCUUAACCUUGACAGCCAAACGGCUAUUCAACAAAAGUUACAAGACGAAAUCUCUGCCAUGCACCGUGUGCCUCUCCACAAAGAAGGACAGGAGUAAUAACAAUUUGCGGGUGAUCAGUGCAAUGGUGCUGGUGUAAUAAUUUUAUUAUAUUUUAUAUGCUCAUGACAACCUUUUUGAAAUUACCAAUAUUUUAAGGAGGAAUCUGAUCUCGUUUACAGAUAAAAUAUUAAAACAGUAUUAAAAACAUUGACAUUGGUGUAAGUAUUUUUUGUUAUUUUUUUAUAACUUUUGUGAUUAUUGCAUGCCUUUAAAUCAAAGUUGUUAAGUAUUAUUGUUUUUGGUUUGUUUUUGUGUUGUGAGUGUAUUUUAUAACUCUUUAUAUAUUGUGCCGUUAUUAAAUCAUAUAUUUUGCAACUAAUCAAAUAUUUUGUUCAGUUUAUGUAUGGUUCUAUUGAGGUAGACUGCAUGCUGGGUGUAAAAGUAAACUUAUUUUGACUUGUUUUGUUUCCAAAGUUUAUCUUGUGUGAUUUCUGUUUUGUUUUUAUGAUGAUUGUAAGUUUUAUUUUUUGACUAAAACAACCAAAUAUACGUUAUGUAAAUUUUUA